AUGUUGAUGAAAUUUAUGGAAGCUUCAGAAAAAAGGCAUGAUGUUACUGAUACUGCAAUGAAAGAACAAAGAACUAUAAUGAAGAAUCAUCACGCAAUGAUGAUAGAUCAGCAAGCAUUAAUAAAGAAUCAGCAAGCUUCCAUCAAUAACCUUGAAGUACAACUUGGUCAACUUACCACUUUGGUUAAUGAGAAGAUGGUCCCGAAAAAUCCUGAAAAGAAGACCCAAUCUCACGUAAUUGCCAUAGAUACUGAAGAAGAGGCGAUUUUUGAGUUCCUAGAAGCCUUAGAAGUGGAGCCACAGCAGCCCGAUCCAAAGCCAAAGAAGCCAAAGCUCGAAUUUGAAGAAUCUGGUGGAAUACCCAGUUCACGUCGUGAGCCCGCUAUGCUCAUGUCGUGGGCUCGGUCUGAACAAAAAAAAUUUGUAUAUGUUCCAGCUUAUAAACAGCCUUUGCCAUUCCCGUCUAGAGCUAAUUUUAGUCCACUGGAGAGAGAACAUUUGGAGUUUAUCAAGCAAUUGAAGGGUAUUCCUAUUAAUACUCCUUUUAUUGAUUCACUUGCAAAAGUUAUAGAAUAUGCUAAGUUCCUACAAGACUUGUUAGACACUCGUCAGCAAUUAAACGAGAACUCUAAGGUGAUUCUAAGUGAGCAAAGCUCAAAAGCUGUGUUGAGAGAGAUACCUAAGAAGAUGGGGGAUCCUGGACGACUCACUCUCCCAUGUGAGUUUGGGAAUAAUAUGAAGGUUUAUGCUUUAGCCGAUUCUGAGGCUAGCAUAAAUUUGAUGCCUUAUUCGUUUUAUCAAAAAUUGAAUAUUCAGAAGUUGAAGGCUACAAAGAUGAGUAUUUACAUGGCGAACCGUUCAGUGACACAGCCCCGGGGCAUUGUGGAAGAUAUUAUCGUGAAAAUUGGUAAAUUCAUUUUUCCAAUAAACUUUGUGGUUUUGGAUAUGAAAGAAGAUCCCAAUGUACCAAUUAUUCUUGGUCGCUCGUUACUUAACACUGCUGGAGCUCUAGUUGAUAUACACGAGUCCAAGCUCACCUUGAGAGUUGGGGAUGAGAACGAAAUUUUUGGAAUAGAAGAUGGUUUCCAAAGGAGUGAUGCUCAAGAAGAGGUUUUCAACAUUGAUAAAGAAUAUGAACUUGAAGAAUUAGAGAAGCUCAUGGAAGAAGAAAUCAAAACAAUUCAACAAGUUAAAAAAAACAAAACCGAGAGCAUCUGUUCCAUUUUUAGUUGA